GCACAUAUACUUCAAUGUCCCAACGAUGUUUCCCAUUCCUUCAGCUGUUCGACGACAACGAUGACAACAACAACAGCAACAACAACAAAGACAACAGCAGCAGCAGCAAGAGAGGAGGACGAAGGAGUUCGGGACCGUCACACGAUCAUUGUCUGAGUGCAUCUUGAAGAUGGAAGGGGCACGAGUGGAGAGGGGAGAGGUAACAAAUCAAGUUAGACAGCUUGCUCGAGCAGAGAUUUCCAGCCAGUGGCAGGCAGCCAGACAAAAAGUGAGUUUCGUCCACACCAGACGCGACACUGACAAGAUGAUCACAAGGCUGAGCGAGGAAUGGUUGGGGGGCAACGAGGGGGUUUCGAUGGCGGAAGUGACCUUGUCAGGGGACACCCCCCUGGCAGGGGUAUCAGCAGCAGCAGGAGGAGGAGGAGGAGGAGGAGGAGGAGGAGGAGGAGGGGUGCACAGGGGUCGACUCGGUCAGGGGGAUUAUCAGUUGAUCUUCAGUGAUUGGACAGCGGUUGACCCCAGUGUCCCCUUGAGACCAGCAUCAGACUUCACCGACCCCUUCCCCCCACCAGCCGCUCUCCCUAAUGGAAGUGCUGCAAGAGACGACCUAAGCUACCCACCCAAGAAAGACGAUGAUGAAUCAGGCAAGGUAGAGGAGGGGGCAGAUGAUGAAGAGGGUAGAGAAGAGGAAGAAGAGAAGGAAGAGGAAGAAGAAGAAGAAGGGGAGGAAGAAGCAGCAGAGGAGGGGUUAGAUGACUGGGUGGAUGAUGUAGAAGAAGAUGUUGCCGGGAAGGGUGGUGGCGAUGAUGAUGGGGAUGAUGACGAUGGUGGCGGGGAUGCUGGUGGCGAUGGUGGUGGGGAUACCGCUGGUGGUGGCAGUGGUGGGGGAGGAGGUGGUAGUGAUGAUGGUGGUGGUCGAGGAGGUGGUGGUGGUGGUGGUGGUGGUGGUGGUGGUGAUGGCGACAGUGAUGAGGGAGUCACCAUUUCGGCAGCAAUAGCUGCAUUGGUAGGAUGCUGGCCUUCAUCGCCUACAGCAACCUCAGCAGCGGAUACAUUACUUGUCGCUGUUGGACCAUUCUCUGGCUGGGCUGGGUUCCCCGGGCCGUAACAUGGGGAAUGAGAGUGGGUCAUAACUUUAUUUCUAGGGAUGCUGAACCAGGUUUCCAGCAGGUGCUGCUCCUCACCGAUGAAAAAGGAGUCCUUUUAAUAAAUAAAUAAAUAGUAAUCAUGAUC